CUUUGUUUCCAGUCGCCGCCUAAAACUCCUGUCUCCUCGUCACUGCCACCAUCCGGAUCUGCCAGUCCCAGUAUGGGUACUCCAUCGAUGCCUUCGCCAAGUGUGAAUUGGAGCGCCCGUCGAGAAGGCAAAUUGGCGUGUCCGACGCCCGGCUGUGACGGUAGCGGCCACCAAACCGGCCUUUACACUCAUCAUCGAAGUCUAUCCGGCUGCCCACGACGUCCCGACAAGUCAACAAUUCAGAUGCUUGCCCUUCAACAGGAUACCGUACUGAGAUGCACGACACCUGGAUGUACCGGAAAAGGUCAUGUGAAUAGUAAUCGCACGUCCCACCGUAGUCUCUCCGGGUGCCCCAUCGCUUACCAGCAGAAACUAAGCCGAAAGGGCGUUAAGGUACGGCAGUGUACCGUGAAUUUCUCACUUUCACCCCUUUUUAGGUCAAUGAUGGAAGCUCUGGUCCAGCUCACUGCAUCGGCUGCUGCAGCUCGUGCUGUCGAUCACCGUGCAACUAUUUCACCAGCAAAGCCCAGCACGGCCACCACUACCAGCUCACCGUCUUCACCAACCACAGCCACUACAGCUGUCACAUCAAUGUCAAUGCCUACGUUAACACUACCAGUUAGCCUAGCGGCUGAAAGCGUAACUCAAUCGUCACCUGCGGCCGCCACAAACACCACCAACGCGGCCACAGCUAUGGCCACUCAACCAUUUUUACUGCCUGAGGGGCUUCUGCCUCCAAAACCCCAUGUUUUCCCCUAUCCGCCGAUGUUCAAUCAACAAAUGCUAGCUCAGUUGUUCUUAGCUCAACUGCAAGGCCAAAAAGGCGCUUUCAUCUAG